AUGAAUUGUUCUCUAAUAUUUAUAUCUACACUACUCUUAAUAUUGGCUAAUGAAGCCGACAGUACACACUGGGAUUAUGGCAAGCGCGGACCUGAUGUUUGGAGUGAAAUAUCUCCUAUGUGUGCUGGAAAAAAUCAAUCGCCAAUUAAUAUUCGAACAAAUUGUACAGCCCGUCGAAGUUUCGAACCAUUUAACUUUACGUCUGGCCACAGUGAGCAAGUCAAAUUCAUACUCGCAAAUAACGGACAUACAAUAACAGCAGAACCUGAUAGUCGUACAAUACUUUCACUGACUGGUGGAAAUUUAAACGGAAUAUUUUAUUUCAAAAGUUUCCAUCUUCAUUGGGGACCAAAUUACAACACCGGCAGUGAACAUCAGGUGUAA